CAAUUAUCUUCAAUUUCUAUGAAUUUCUACCCUAUUGACUUUGAAGAACAAGCCUCUUAAUGUACUUAUUCUAUAUAUCUCUAGAGUUAAUAUGUGAACCUCUUAUUGAUUAAACAAAUUAAUCCUAAUACUACGAAUAUGAUCAAAGUGCUUAAUAGGAACCUGAAUAACUAAAUACAUUUGAUGGGUAUUUAUAAGAAGAACCUGUCCUUCUGUUUAAUUAUGUUGAGGAAGCACCAAAAAAGAAAACUAAACAUAUUAAAAGAAAAUCAAAAAAAAUUAAGAAGGUUGAUUCUGAAACUGAUGUUCCUUCUGGAAAAAGAUUAAAAUCUCGUAUUACUAAUAAUGAUGUCUUGAAAUUAUAGUAGUGUUAGAGAUUAAAAACAAUAAUUUCUUAAAUGGAGGCUCUUUUAUAAUAAACAAGAACAUCAAUUCUCAAUCAAUAUAUGAAAAAUCACACUAAAUGACUUCCACAAUGACUAAAUAUAUCGAGUUAUAUAUAUAUAUAAAUGUAGUAAAACAUUUUCAGUCUUGUUUCUUCAAAAUUUAAAUAGAAACAAAUAUCAAAUAACAAC